AAAUCUCUUCCUUCACCUACCAGCAUCUUUGUGGGCUCUUCUUCACUACGGGGAUAAAGAAAUCAUCUAGAAGGCUUCAUAAUGUCCAAUGCUUCAGACUCUGAGCUGCCUCCAGAAGAAACCACAGAGCAGACAGAGACAAUACCUAUUGCGGACUUGGAACCAUCUCCUGACCUUCCUCCCUCUCCUCCUUCUCCUCUUCCUCCUCCUCCAGAGCAUGAAUGGAGCCCAGUUUCUGAGCCUACCAGGAUAAAUGGAAUUAUUCCUGUGACCGUGGGAAUCUUCAGCCUGCUGCUCUUGAUGUUGUGUGGGUUCUUUGGAUAUCAGUACUUUCACACUGUUGAGGCAUCAGCAACCAAGAUGAAGAUCUUGAACGAAUGGAUUGAGUCUUUACGAAACAAAACUGAAAAUUUUCUAAAGAUCCAAAAAGUUCUUGACCGAAACAAAGAAACCCUAGAGUGGCUCCGGAGCCAGAAGGAUUAUCUCAUUGAGGCUUUACACAAACUAAAGGAAAAACAAGGAGUCGAGUGUGGACCUCUUCUGAAGCACUGGGUUCAGUACAAAGAUCACUGCUACCAUCAAACCAUGGAAAUGGUUUCUUGGUUAAACUGUUCUGAUCUGUGUGUCUCUUUGAAUGCUACAUUUUUUAAGACAGAAGGGAGUAGAUUGGAGAAUAUCAUGAAAUUAAUUACAGUAAAUCAUAUUUGGCUUGGCCUGUCUUACAAGGAGGAGGACAAUAAAUGGAAGUGGGAGGAUGGCUCCUCUCCUUCUCCUGAGCUGGGUUUGCCAGAACCAAGUCUGGAUUUCCAGGGAAAAUGUGUGUAUGUAAAUUCACACACUGUUGGUACUGAUAACUGCACUAAAUCCUCUUCAUGCUUGUGUGAGAAGAGUGUCCUCUAAAAAUCAGAAGAAGAAAGUUAAGAGAAAAGUUAUGAAGCUCACACCUCAAUAAUAUUACAGACUCAAGAUCUGCCGGUCUUUAUUUUAUUGUUUUUUCAUGUUAUUUGUAACUUUUUUUUCAUGGCAGAAAAUGAUAAAUGACUUUGUAAUAGAAGGCAAGAUCUUAAAUUGUAGCAGAAAUCUCCAAGUAAUACAGAAAGUUUAGAAAUACAGAACCUGUUUGAUUUUGUGAGA